UAUCAUUACUGGUUUGAAUACUGCGCCGAUCUGUUUAUAUUAUGCAGUAAUAGGAAUGGAUUCGACUGUGCUCAUAAACUUUUGGAUGUGGCAAACGCUGUGUGUGGUGCAGAUCACCAAGUAUUUAGCCCAGAGCACGAGGCUGGUGUUGGAUAACAGCUGUGGCAGGACACAGAAGUCAGACAUCUUUGGUUGAAUGUGUGCACCAGCGAAGCCACCGCGACAGCCAUGUUAACAGGUCGUGGCUGCGAUGGAAGUAAACAGGGACGAAGCGGAGCGCUGCAUCGAUAUCGCCACUGCGGCGUUUGGCAGAGGGGAAUCGGAGAAAGCGCUGAGGUUCCUGGAGAAAGCCCAGAGGCUGUUUCCGACGGAGAAGGCUGGAGCGCUGCUGGACCUGAUAGCCAAAAAUGGAUUUACACCCAGACAAGAUGGCACACCAGACUUCAAUGGGGUAUCUGGACCUCGGCAGCGGCAGACCUCCUCAUCGUCUGCAAGAGCAGAUGAUAAACCCUCUGACACCCCAAAACCAUACACUGCUGAGCAGCUGGAUGCAGUGAAAAGAAUAAAACAAUGUAAAGACUUUUAUGAAAUCCUGGGCGUGGGGAAAGACGCCUCUGAGGACGAACUGAAGCGGUCGUAUAGAAAGCUGGCUUUAAAGUUUCAUCCAGACAAGAAUCACGCCCCUGGUGCGACCGAAGCUUUUAAAGCCAUUGGAAAUGCCUACGCUGUUCUCAGCAACGCCAUCAAAAGACAGCAGUAUGACCAGUGUGGAGAGGAGACAAGACAUCCAUCAAGUCACAGCUCUAAUAAUAACAACUUUGAGUCGGAUAUCUCACCUGAAGAUCUCUUUAAUAUGUUCUUUGGAGGCGGGUACCCUUCCAGUACCCAGCACAUGUACGCAAACGGCAGGAUGCGUCAGCCGAGGCGUGAAAGAAGAGAGCGACGACAAGACGGAGGCCUUGCUCUGUUUGUGCAGGUGAUGCCCAUCCUGAUCCUGGUUAUUGUGUCUGCGCUCAGUCAGAUUAUGGUCAACAGCUCUCCUUACAGCCUCAACUACAGGCCGUCAGCAGGUUACUCCCAGAAGCGGCUGACUGAGAAACUAAAGAUCCCGUAUUAUGUUGGAGAGCAGUUUCCCUACGAGUACACCGGCGCCAACCUGCAACACUUGGAGCGGUCGGUGGAGGAGGAGUUUAUCUCAAACCUACGCAGCAAUUGCUUGAAAGAAAAACAGCAAAAGGAAGGUAUGCUGUACAGAGCUCGCUAUUUUGGAGACAGCGACCUCUACCAAAGAGCACAGAGGGCCCGUACUCCAAGCUGUGCCAAACUGUCCGAGAUGAUUGCUUCAUUGCACGGUUGAUGAUACUCUCCCAACCAAGAUAGAUAUAUUAUAAAUACGAAUAUCAACGGUACCGCAGGUUACAGCAAUUUCUACUAGGAAAAACAGUCUAAGAACUAGAACGAUGAUGCUCUCAAGGCUGCUUCCAGACUGCUACCUUCCAUUUCAAAACCACCCAGGGAGCAUUUCACAUUUGCUGAAGUGGAGUGUUUGCUAUAGAACGUCAAGUUCAUUUUCACCAUCCUUGGCGCUAUUUAAACUUAUUCCAAACUUACUCGCAUCACAAAAACCACUAAUGACUUUUGUGGACUUUCAACCAAUGAAAAUGUUGCAUACUAACAUACUGUUUUAGUCCAUUUAUCUAAAUUAAAUAAAUAAGUAAACUAGAAGUUUAUCAGUUUAUUUUAGCAAGUACAAAUGAUCAUCAUUUAAGAUUACACAGAGCUAACUAGGAAACCCUGAAUGACCAAUGAAAUAUCUAUCUAUCUAUAAUAAUAAUAAUAAUAAUAAUAAUAAUAAUAAUAAUAAUAAUAAUGGAUGAAGAAUUAAGAUAUGGAUGUAGCCUUCGGUAUUUUACUUUUGAAGAGACAAGCCAUGUUUGAAUCGUCUGCUUAAGUUCAUGUGCUGUGAAAUAUCCUGUAUGUAGCAGCUAACUGAUGCAACACUGAAUGAUUCCUCUUCAGUUACGGCUGUGAAGUCAUUGAGGAGUUUAUUUGCACAUUUUACCCUUUGAAAACUAUGCAGUCAUGAAAGAGUGUGAGUGUGUUCCGUUUUACUCUGCCUCUGUUGUCUUUGACACAGAGGGAAUAAGAGCUGUGCUGUGUAUCCAUGUGUUACUACUUUCAUCUGUGCAAAAAGCAGACUGUGAAAAUUUGUUUUUCACCAUGUUUUUACUCCCUUACGAAAAUAAAAAUGAUAC